CGCCUGCUUUCUUUGAUUGGAUGCUCUGCUUGGCGUCGUUGUAGACGUCGGUUUAGGCUUGUUCUACCGUCGUUUGUAGCGAACAUAAAACCGAGAAAGAAAGAACGAUCUUUCAGUGUUUGGUGGAUUUUUUCAUUUAUCUGGUAUAUCGAUAUUUAUUUAGGACUUUAUAAUACCGCGAAAUAUGGCGGGUACGCUGUGCUAAGCCUCCAUACACGACCCUGCGGUGAGGCGUAAUGUUUUUAGAGAGUUGCUGGGAAGAGCACGCGCAGCAGGAGUGUAACGGGAUAAAGAGCUCGAGCUGCUGAUCGCAUUUCGGAGUCAGAAUGGCUGGAAUGUGUAACGGCUCCACAUCUGGUACGGGUGACAUCAUCCAGCUGAACGUAGGCGGAACACGGUAUAGCACUUCAAAACAAACUCUUAUGUGGAUUCCAGAUUCUUUCUUCUCAAGUUUACUCAGUGGGAGAAUAUCAACACUAAGGGAUGAAACUGGAGCUAUAUUUAUUGACCGAGACCCAACCGCAUUUGUGCCCAUUUUAAACUUCCUUCGUACUAAAGAGUUAGACUUAAGAGGGGUCAGCAUAAGCAUUCUACGCCAUGAAGCUGAGUUUUAUGGGAUUACACCUUUAGUUCGACGUUUGCUUCUUUGUGAAGAGCUAGAGAGAUCAUCAUGCGGAAGUGUGCUCUUUCAUGGCUACCUCCCACCCCCAGCUAUCCCAGCUCGCAAAGCUGCUAGGGGACAGAGUACAACUGCUGUACAACAGAGUACAAAUGUAGAGUACAACCCAGGCCCCAUUGGAACAGAAGGUGGCUUCUCUCGCUCGUGCUCACACACUGCUUUGCCCGGGCCUAACGGAAUAGAGGGGGCCACAAGAGUUUCUGGCUCUGCAGUUGAUCCCAGGAAGGUGCUCAUUGUUGCUGGACAUCAUAACUGGAUAGUAGCUGCCUAUGGUCAUUUCGUCAUUUGCUACAGGAUAAAGGAAUCCUCAGGAUGGCAGCAAGUGUUCUCAAGUCCAUACCUAGACUGGGCCAUUGAGCGUGUCGCACUAAAUGCAAAAGUUGUAGGUGGUCCCCAUGGUGACAAAGACAAGAUGGUUGCAAUAUCAUCAGAGAACAGGAUCAUCUUGUGGAGUAUCCAGGAUGGAGGAAGUGGCAAUGAGAUAGGUGUGUUCAGUCUUGGUGUGCCUGUUGAUGCUCUUUUCUUCAUUGGGAGUCAGCUGGUUGCCACCAGUCAUACUGGGAAGGUUGGUGUGUGGAAUGCAGUGACACAGCAUUGGCAAGUGCAGGAUGUUGUGCCCAUCACCAGCUGUGACACUGCCGGAUCAUUUCUUCUUCUUGGAUGUAAUAAUGGCUCUGUUUACUACAUUGACAUGCAGAAGUUCCCAUUGAGAAUGAAGGACAAUGACCUCCUGGUUACUGAGCUCUACCAUGACCCCUCAAAUGAUGCCAUCACAGCCCUCAGUGUCUACUUAACACCUAAAACUAGUGUAAGUGGAAACUGGAUUGAGAUAGCAUAUGGCACUAGUUCAGGUGCUGUGCGUGUGAUAGUACAGCAUCCAGAGACGGUUGGUUCGGGGCCUCAACUAUUUCAGACGUUCACAGUCCACCGCAGCCCUGUCACUAAGAUAAUGCUGUCUGAGAAACACCUUGUGUCAGUGUGUGCCGACAAUAACCAUGUGAGAACGUGGACAGUGACUCGCUUUAGAGGCAUGAUCUCCACUCAGCCUGGAUCCACACCACUGGCUUCCUUCAAGAUCAUCUCGCUGGAGGAGACUGAGAGCCACAGCAGCUACUCCUCUGGCAAUGACAUAGGCCCAUUUGGAGAGAGAGAUGACCAACAAGUAUUCAUUCAGAAAGUCAUUCCUAUCACCAACAAACUCUUUGUUCGUCUCUCCUCCACCGGAAAGAGGAUCUGUGAGGUGCAGGCAGUGGAUGGCACCACUAUCACAUGUUUCACUGUGCGCGAGUGUGAGGGCUCCAGUCGUAUGGGCUCCCGACCACGUCGUUACCUCUUCACCGGCCAUGCAAAUGGAAGCAUCCAGAUGUGGGAUUUAACCACGGCCAUGGAUACGGUGAACAAGAACGAUAGCAAAAACAAACGUGAUCCUGAAGUGGGAGGGCCCACUGAGGAGGAACUUCUGAAGUUGCUUGAUCAAUGUGAUCUGAGUACAUCACGCUGUGUCACACCCAACAUCAGUCCCGCCCCUUCAGUACUGCACCACAGCCGACUUAGAGAGUCUUGCUCAAGUCUCCAGCUACAGGCCCAAGAACUCUUGGCAGAGACUGCCACAUAUGGCGCUGUACGUCCCUACAGAGAGAGCCCACUGCUGGCACGUGCCCGUCGCAGAGAGAGUUUUAGCAGCUAUCCAGAUUUCCACACCCUCAAUCUGGCCAAAGUCCUGAGGGAGCAUGGCGGGCAUAGCAGUGGCACUGACGAUGACAGCAACGGUGACACUGGAGAUAAGAGAGGGUCAGAGUCUCCAGUGAGCACCACUGACAGCCCUAGAGACCCUCGCCGCAGGGCACACUCCUCUGAUGAAGGCACCUCAGAGUGCAAAGCGGAGGGUUGGAGAAGAGGAGUGCUCGAUGGGAAUUUCCUGAGCCGGAAGAAGGCCCCUCUAGUCCCUCACCUUAGCUCUGUUUCUGUAGGGGGUGAGGCAGGAGGCAGUGACUCAUCCAGCACUGCCUCACCCUCUCCAACUAAAGCUUCCACUUCCCCACGGCACCGCAGGGGCCUAGACAUGAGUGAGUGACACGCUGAAUACUAAAAAAGCAUAUUUGUACUAACAAAUACACACUAAAGCAGUAUUACCAUAUCCAAUAAUAUAUGCCUGGCUCUGGUAAGUAAAGCAUAGACAGAGGUGUAAAAAGCAGCAAGUUACCAAAUGAAUGUUUAAUAUAUACUACAAACUUAGAGAUUAUUAUUAGUGAAUAUAUUAACUGACACUAAAUUGUUUCAGAAUUGGCUGUCAAGGUGAAAUGCUACAGAUUAGAAGCAAAACUAAUGUCACUACAGUUAACUAACUCAAUAUGUGUUCAAAUCUUUACUGUAAAGCAGUCGCACUUUAUUUUGCUCUUUUCACAUUUAAUGAAGGGAAUAAUUUCAAACUUUUGCACGGGCCUUUUCCGUUGAAAUGUUCGUUUGUGUGCUUAUUACUUUUUGUUCGGGUCAUCUUUUGUGGGUGGAUAGUUAACUUAGAACCGAACCCUGUCUUACUAUUAGAUCAUGCAAGCAUGAGGCAAUUUUAUUCAGUUCAAGGCAGAAACAAAGCUGAUGCAAAAAUAUUGUAGUGUUCACUAAUGUUUCAUUAUGCAGUGCUGGUAGCCUACCAGUGUGGGGAUGCAGAGGGGUCUAAGGUUCAUCUCUUAUUACAUGCUUAAUGUUAAAUGCUUUAUAUUAAUUAUUCUACAGCAUACAAGAGGGAUUUUUUAAACCAUUGUUUCUGGAUAAAAUUAAUUUUUCCAGCCAGUUUACAAACGAUUUAAAACAACUUUGUCUCGUUUAUGCAACUAGUACUCAUUAAAUCAGAUUCUAUUAAAGUAGACGUAUGGAUAGGCAACUUGUUAACACAAAAUGGCUAUAAAUAUGCCUAUAUUGCAAAAAAUUAUAUAUAAGAAUAUAUAAACCUUAUUAUAUAUACAGAAUUUGCACUUAAU